AUGAGGUUCUUACCGGUCUUCGUUGGGCUGGUGCUCGUGUCCUGUACUGGAGAGACAUUCGCCGCUAGAAAUAAUCGGCAAGAUGUGCGGCAAGCCUUUCAACCGUUAAAAGCUAUCAGCACCAAGCAGCAGCGCACGAAGCAAGUGGCUGGACGUGACACUGAGGAAUUUCUUUCGCUGCAAUCGCAACUCAUCCUAAGUCAGGAACCGUAUGUACAGCAGACGAUCGACGAAGAACACAAUAUUCGCGAUAGUUUGGAAACUGUCCGCGAUGCCAAGUGUGCUGGUUUUGUGUCUACAGCCACCGAUGCUCUCAUGACGCUGGGAGGUAUUUCGUUCGGCAACUGUGUGGCUAAGAUCGAUAAGGACAUGUUCCUCGGUUUGUAUUCAUCGGCCACGUCCGCGGACGACAGCACCGCUCGUCAGGAAUACGCCAGGACCAGCUUGUUGAGCGACUGGGGAAGAAUGAACAUCUUUACUGAAGCAGCAGCGAUUAACACGAUGAUCGAAGAGAAGCUGAUGAUCUCGAGUGAGAGCGAGCGACUAUUUGCAACGAGGGAACUGUCGACGGCACUAAAGGACGCACUGCAGGAGUGUCUGGUUAAUGCACGGGCACUGUUGAGCCAGUCGCUAUCGGCUGCGACCUCACAAGUGGACAAUAUUUGCGAUCAAUAA